AAUAAAAGAGUGUUUUUGGGCUGACGAUAAGAUUAAAGAGAAAUAAAAGCUCAUUUUCAAUUACCCAACCAACCAAGUCGUCGUAGCUAGUCUGCUGUGCGGUAGUGUGCCAGUGUUUGGCUCAGUCGUUGAGAACCGCCACAGAAGAAGUCAUAAGCUUUUUUAGUACGCUGCUCUAAACUGCGAAGAGAAAACAUUAGCGGAGUGUUUCAAAAAUAAAAAUAAAGAAAAUCCCAACCACAUAAAUAAAAAAAAUUAAAGUUAAAGAAAUAAACGACUGUGAUUGUGUGUUCGUUUUUAAUUCUCAACAAAUAACCCCAAAUUUGUGUUAACCAAACUAUACCUGCCUUCCAAAACCAAAAUGGCCAACAACUAUGCCGCCGAAGAUAAUCUUGUCGAACAAUUAAAAAGUUCCGUUAAAGCGAUCAUGGACAAGACGGGCUCAAGUAAAUUUGCCCAUGAUCUAAUGGAAAGAAUUCACAGUUUGCAGCAGCGCCUGGAAACCUUAUCGAACACAGAGAAAACACAAUUCAUCGAAGAGAUGAGAGAUACGUUUCGUGCCACAAUUGAAACUGUGGAAAACAAGCUCAUGCAACACGCUCACUUCGAAAAGGUCUACACCUAUUCAAUAUAUGCAGCCAUUAUAUUCUCAAUACUGUUUGUAUUUGCUCUCUUCGGUUAUAAAUUAUACAAAUCGUUGAUGUCCAAGGAAUUGAAAAAGCAAGAGAAGCUUAAACAAAAACAAAGCAAGAAAAGUAAAAAGGUCAACUAAAACUAAUUACUGACAUGCUACACAUACGCGCACACAGGCACACACAUGGCAACACAAAUACCACAUCUGGCAAAGACAAAUAAAAACCCCCAAGAAUGAGAGAGUCAUGUUCUCUCUCUCAAUCUUUUUUGUAAGACGUUAUUUAAUUGAACAAGAUGCUGUUAAGGGUUUUUUGAAAUACCUCUUUUUUUGGGUAUUUUUAAAACCAUAGAUCUAUUCCUUAAGUUUUUUUUCUAUUGUAAUUAGUAACUAAUUACUUAAAGGCUCACUUACAUAUGUUUUUUAAUUAUAGCGAAAUAUAUUUAAUAUAUUGCAGUUUGUUUACGUAAAGAUGUGUCAAUGUUUUAAAUGAGAAUGUACUUACACGGAUGCUGUACAUUUACCUCAGAUUGGUUUUCUUUUUUUGUUUGUUUUUUUUUUCAAUGUCUUUUUUAAAAUAACUUUUUUAAAUCAUGAGCUAAAGAAAAUAAUGGACAAGAAAAUAUAGACAAAUAAAAGUAAAGUUUUAAUUGACAUUUUUAAA